CAAAUUUGAAAAUAUCGUUGGCUUUGGCGUGGCUUGGCUUCAACAAUUUUCCCUCGAGUUUUCCAUAAUUUAAUUUGAAAUUUUGUUUGAAUGUGGGUGAAUAUAAAUGAUUGCUAGUAUAUUAGUGAACGUCUAAUUGUUAACUGCUUUUUGUGAGUGACUUUUCAAAGAUUAUAGCUCAUUAUCUGAUACAUACAAUUUACAUUGUUCAAUAUUUAUAUCGUAUAUCGUCCAUUUUGUAAGUUAGGUACUGAAUAAGGUAUAGGUACUACACUAAGAUGUCCAGGCUUCCCAAACCCACCAGCAGUACAAAAAUAAGGCCAAUUCCUUCAGUGAAACCUUUUGGAUCAACAUCAGAAAACACUAUCACAUUUGGAGAGAUAAAAACGAAAGCUCAUGAGGCUCCGCCAGCUAUCAAUAAAUAUCCAACAUUCACUGCAAAUAGCCUUAGAAGAAGAUCAAAAUCAGUAGCAGAUCUAACUACGGCUGAUAAACACCCAAGCAUCAAUAAAUGUGCACCGUUUAUUGCAAAUAGGUUCAACAAGAAUAGGAGACAGUCAAAAUCAUAUUCAGAUUUAACCACAAUUGUUAGGCAACCAUUCACAAGAAGUUUUAAGCCAAUAACUGAAAGAAAAGCUCCAACUGCUGGUCCUCAAAAUAAAGCUUUUCCAAGUACUAGCAGAGUCCCACCUCUCAAAUCUGGUGCAACAAAAACAACUCUGGUGGGCUCUAAAAGACCUGCGGCCAAAAGUGAUGAAGGCGGUCCUAAGGCAAAAGCUGCAAGAAAAAUACCAGACUGGGAUUACAAGGGACGAUUUUUGCAGCUUAAUGAAAAAUAUGAACAACUUCAAAAUUGCAUGAAAGGCUUGCAGGACAAAGCAAAUCAAUUUGAGAGUACUAAAGAGGAGUAUGAAAAAAUACAAAAAGAACAUGAAAUUGACAUAAAAACUAUUGAUUCCCUCAGGAGAGAAAAUGAAAGUAAAACCAGAAAAUGCCAAGAAUUAACAACUAGCUUAGAUGAACUAAAACCGGCCCAUGAAACUUUAACUAGAAAUUAUAAUUCACUUCAAAAUAAUUUUGAUAAACUAAAUGAGGAAUUCAACAAAUAUCAAGAACAAAAUAAAAACCUUUUGGAAAAAUUGAACAAAGAAAAAAAAGAAAACAUAGAACUAAAGGAAGUUAUCACAUUACAAAAAAGUGAUUUGAUUAACUAUCAAACUGAAAGGAGAGUGCUGCACAACACCAUCCAAGAUUUGAAAGGCAAUAUAAGAGUCUUCUGCAGGAUCAGACCGCCGCUUCUUUCAGAGCUAAAACAAAUCCAGUGUAGUAUAGAGUUUAUUAACGAGAACGGUAUUGAAAUUCGUAAAAGCCAAGAAAGCUAUGAUCAAAUCACUGGUAAAUUAAAAGAGAUAAAAUCUGAGUUCACCUAUGACAAAGUGUUUGCCCCCCAGAGUUCUCAAGAAGAGGUGUUUGAGGAUCUUGCACAAUUGGUCCAGUCUGCUCUUGACGGAUACAAUGUGUGCGUUUUUGCCUAUGGCCAGACUGGGUCAGGUAAGACUUAUACCAUGCAAGGAGGUGGUGGAAUCCAAAAAGGAAUGAUUCCCAGGACAUUUGAUUUAAUUUUCAAAAACAUUGCUGAGCUUCAAAGAAGUGGAUGGUCGUAUACAGUGAAAGCAAGUUUUUUGGAAAUUUACAAUGAAAAUAUAAGAGAUCUGCUCACCACAAAGCAGGGGCAAAAACACGACAUUUGUUUCAAUGAAGGUGCGGAGACAACAGUAACGAAUUUGUCAAUACAGACAAUUAAUUCGGCAGCUGAAUUAGAACGUUACAUGGUAUUGGCGCACAGGAACAGGGCAACAGCAGCUACUGAUUUUAAUGAGCAUAGUAGUCGAUCACACGCUGUCACGAAGAUUUAUUUAGAAGGAACUUUGGAAGAUCUGGUAUACAAGGGCAGUUUGAAUUUGGUUGAUUUAGCUGGUUCAGAAAAUGCUAAGCAAUCAGUAGCAGGCGACAGACUAACUGAAACCAAAAACAUCAAUAAAAGCUUGGCCACUCUUGGUGAUGUCAUUCAGCAUUUACAUCACAAAUCCAGACAUAUACCUUAUAGGAAUUCAAAACUAACAUAUUUGCUGCAAUCCAGCUUAGGGGGAAACUCUAAAACUCUAAUGAUUGUGAAUAUCUCCCCAAUUGAAAGUUGUUUUAUGGAGAGUCUAAACUCUUUGCGUUUUGCUGCUAAAGUCAAACAAGUCAAAAUUGCUAGUAAAAGAAACAAGAUGAAUGUGACCAGUAUGAAACAGUGAAACAAAAAUUAAUUUUUAAUUAGAUGUUAAAUACUUAUACGAAAGUGACAUGAUUGAAAUUAUUUAUGCACGUCAAAUUAAAACAUGAUUUUAUGCUUGGUAUAUGUAAGUGUUUUAUGCACAAAAUUUUAUCAAUUCUGGUAAGGCUUCAUGGAUAUAAAAUGGAUUUAAUUUCAGUAUCUUAUUCAUUGGCUCACUUUCAUCACAAGCUAUUGACCAAAAAACAAUUUUAUCUUUUGUGUGUUAUAUGUUGUAUUUUAGUUUAAAGAUUUUUCUGAACUUUGAUGUGUAUUUUAUAUAUAUAUAUAUAGAGUUUUGCUUUUAAUGUUGUAUUUUAGUUUAAAGAUUUUUCUGAACUGUGAUGUAUAUUUUAUAUGUAUAGAGCAAUGACGUAUAGAGACAUAGAGACUGGUUAUUAUUUUAAAAUAAACAGAAUUAAUUUGUGUUUGGGAUUUUUUUUCUUUAGGAUUAUCAGAAAAACAAAGAAUUUAUAAAACAUUUCUUUAAUAACCAACUAUAAAAAGAAACAAAUACAUAGUACAUAUUUACAACACCAAAAUUGUAAGAAAUCCUAAUUUUAAAUCACAUAAAUGAUAUUCUAGCAAGAAACAAAGGUCAAUCUUGGAAUGCGUUUUUGUGCAUUUUUUCAGCUAUACUAAAAGUUGUACAGUUGGAUAAAAUAGUACUAGCGGAAAUUUUCAGCACUUAGAGGCAGUUGCAUGUGGGACACUUUUCCCAUGAAUUAGAAACUAUGUUUUUAAUUCUACAAGCAUAAUUAUAGAAAGAUGGAAAUAAAUCAUUAUUGGUGUUUGAAUGAAAAACUAUUUCCAUUAAAUAGUACAGAAGUUAUUGACAACAUUUAUCGUUUGUGGCAUUCUGCAAAUUAUUAUGCUCAUGCAUGGUGGGUCCAUUUGAGAUGACUAUCCAAAAUGAUACCAAUCAAAGAUGAGGUCGUUUUUCUCUGGAGAAGUUACCUUUUUAUCUACUACAUCAAAAUCUUAAAUUAACAUUCCUUCAUUGCUUCUUAUUUUCAGUCAUUUGGUGUCCAUUUCAAAUGCAUACCAGUCUAUUUCCAGAGAAUAUAAAUAACUUAUAAAAUUUACAUAAGGUUGAAUACAGAAGAUGAUAAGUGUUAAGUGUAUGAGUUAAAAUUAUCCUAAAUAAAAAACAAGUAAUAAUUUUUCCACUAUUUAUUCAAAUCCCUCGCUCAUAAGUACCACAGUCAAAGCAGUCCAUCCUGUAAAAGGCCUGCAACCGCUCCCCUCACCAGUUUUAUCGUUAUACUGUUCCCAAAUAUAUCCCGUCUUUUCAUACUGCUCAACAACAUUAUUAAUAAUGUUCAUCCUUAAUUCUUGAUAUAAUCGAUUCGCUUGAUCUUGAUAUGGCCCUUCACUAUGCCCAUAGUGCCACAGAGCUUUGGUGGCUAGAAAAUUGAUAUUGACCCAAAUUUGACCUCUCCAAUAUGGUGGAUCAUGCUCAGUAUUUUUGGCCAUAUAGAGAGGCGAAGUUUUCGAGAGUGAACGUAGCCCAUAGUUGCUCCACAUCAAAUUUGGAUCCCUUAUAUCUGUGAGGAUUUUAC